CAAUCGCAUCGUGUAAAUCCGACUUUUAACGAUUAUUGGUGAAAUGCUUUACCAUCGUUUAUUAUUCACAGUGGUGUGGUCAAGAUGCGUCUCCAUUCGAAAGGAACAAAGGAAAAGAAGUAGCCAUGGCACUUGAUGAAGAAAGAAAUGGCAAAGCCAAAGUAGAAGUUCUUGAUGACCAAGAUAUUAACGACAUGGAUGAAUCAUUGGCUGCGCUUUUCCCAGAUGGAACUGGGAAUGGACAAGCCCCAGACCCCACACGGCAGCCGUUUGAAAAAGUACUUUAUAGGCUAUCGGACAGCUCUGGUCAGCUUGACUUUGUGGAAGUCUCCCGUGGGGAUGGAGUCAAAAGGAGUCAGCUAAACUCUGAUGAUGUGUUCAUUCUUGAUACAGAGAAAGUCUGUUACGUUUGGCUAGGAAAAGGAGCGAGUAUCGAGGAGAAGAGAAAUGCCUUUCCUGCUGCACACAACUACAUGAUGAGUACGAAAUGUCCAAAUCCAUACAACCCGAUCACCGUUGUUGACGAAGGCCACGAAACCCAUGGAUUUAAUGCAGCUUUUUAGACAGUAAACUGGCUUGUCAACAGGUAAAACAGGUUUUUUAAUU